AUGGACUGCGACGGCGGCGUGACCUGCAACGGCGGCGUUACCUGCAACGGCGGUGCGGAGUGCAACGGCGGCGCUGACUGCAACGGAGGCGCUACCGGCCUCGAGCCCUCGCAGCUCCACGAGAUCCAUAGCGGCAUGGACUGCAACGGCGGCGUGACCUGCAACAGCGGCGUUACCUGCAACGGCGGUGCGGAGUGCAACGGCGGCGCUGACUGCAACGGAGGCGCUACCGGCCUCGAGCCCUCGCAGCUCCACGAGAUCCAUAGCGGCAUGGACUGCGACGGCGGCGUGACCUGCAACGGCGGCGUUACCUGCAACGGCGGUGCGGAGUGCAACGGCGGC